CGUUCCUGCUCUUCGCGAAGAUUGCAACACAGCUGCAGCCUGCACAGAGUCCACCUUUCAUAGAGAAAUAGAAGGCACAAGCAAACUCAAAAAUGGCGUCCUCCAGCAGUUUCCUGUCUGAAGAUCAGUUCCAGUGCUCUAUUUGUCUGGAUGUGUUCACUGAGCCAGUCUCCAUUCCAUGUGGACACAACUUCUGCAAGGCCUGUAUCAGCAGAUAUUGGAACACCACUGCCCGGUGCCGGUGUCCACUGUGUAAGCAUAUUUUCUACAAAAGACCAGAGUUAAAGACCAACACAACACUGAGAAAUGUUGCAGAUCAUUUCAAAAGAAUGAGUGACAGAGACAGAGAUUUGUCCCCUGCCGAGCCUGGAGAAGUGGCCUGUGAUCUCUGCACUGGGAGAAAGCUCAAAGCCCUGAAGUCCUGCCUGGAGUGUCUGACCUCUUACUGUGAGAUUCACUUGCAGCCUCAUCAGAGAGUUGCAGGCCUGAAAAGACACAAGCUGAUCGACCCUGUGGAGAACCUGGAAGCCAUGAUGUGUAAGAAGCACGACAGACUCCUGGAGCUGUUCUGUAGGACUGACCAAACGUGUGUGUGUCAGUUCUGCACUGAGACAGACCACAAGACUCACCACACCGUCCCUCUAGAGGAAGAGUUUGGAAAGAAGAAGGCACAACUGCGGAACUCCAUAGCACAAAUGCGGCAGAUGAUCUAUGACCGCCGGCAGAAGGUUAGGCAGAUCAAAGACUCAGUAGAGCUCAGCAAGAGAGUUGCAGAGAGAGAGAGAGCAGACAGUGUGGAGGUCUUCAAUGCUCUGGUGCGUUCCAUUGAAAGAAGCCAGGCUGAGCUCAUUGUGGAGAUUGAGGAGAAGCAGAAAGCCGAAGACAGGCGGGCUAAUGGGCUGAUUAACGAGCUGGAGCUCGAAAUUACCGAGCUUAAGAGAAGACGCACUGAGCUGGAGCAGCUCUCACACACCGAGGACCACCUCCACCUCCUCCAGAGCUCCCUAUCCCUGUGCACCCCCACAUUCACCAAGGACUGGUCUGAGGUCAGUGUUCACUACUACCUACAUGUGAAGAAUGUGAGGAGAGUCGUGUCUCAACUAGAGGAGACACUUCAUAAUGAGAUGGAGAAGUUGCCUGACAUCAAGCUGAAGAGGAUGCAGCAGUAUGCAGUGGAUGUGACUCUGGACCCUGACACAGCAUUUCCAUACCUCAACGUGUCUGAGGACAGAAAACAAGUGACACUGGGAGACGUACUAAAGACACUUCCUAACAACCCAGAGAGGUUUGAUUAUAAUCCCUCUAUCCUGGGAAAGAAUGAAUUCUCCUCUGGGAGAUUCUACUAUGAGGUGCAGGUAGAGGGGAAGACUUGGUGGAGGUUAGGGGUGGCCAGAGAGUCUGCCAACAGGAAGGGCUGGCUUCCACUGACCCCUGAGAAUGGAUUCUGGACUCUGGGUCUGAAGAGUGGGUACCACCAGUACCACCGGCAUUGGUAUUGUGCAAACAUGUACGAUAACCUCUUCUUCCUGCCCUUCUUCUCCGGCGAGCCCCCGACACCCCAAAAAGUGGGGGUGUUUGUGGAUUAUGAGGAGGGUCUAGUCUCCUUUUAUGAUGUAAAGGCCAGAUCUCACAUCCACUCUUUCACUAGCUGCAACUUCACCGAGAAGCUCUAUACAUACUUCAACUCGGGUGGUAAUGCUGGUGGUAAAAACACUGCCCCAUUGGUCAUCUCUACUGUCAAUCACACAGAAUAAAUAGUGAUCCAAUAAGGUCACAGAGCUUAUAGUGCCAUGGGUAUUCAUAACAGUAUAACCUAAUGAAUGACAGUAUAACCUAAUGAUGAUUUGGUCAUUUGUCAGACGGUGUUAUUCAAUUAGGCACCUGAAAGAAAACAUACAUACAUGAAUGGAAUUGUAAAAUGUGUUGAUGGGAGUAAUGUCUUUGAUAUAAUAUGAUGUUGUUGCAUGUAAUGGUGUGUUAAAUUGUAGUGGCGUGAGGUGUGUCUAAGUGUUUGUUACAUACUGAAAGUACAGAGGAGUUGUAAUUUACUUUCACCUUAUCUUUUACAUCAGAUGUUUAUGCUGUGUUUUAACUUGAUCAUUUUGGUUAUUUGAUCAUUUUUCCUUUUUUCUAUCAAGUGUGAUGAGACCAUGUGUAAAAUACAUUUUAGAACAAACAUGCGUAUGAUUUGGGAAUAUGUGCUGUUUCGACAGAAAUCGUGUUUUUUAGUUGCCUUCUUGUUUGAUGGACCCUGACAGAUCUCAAAAGAUUUGACCUAAACCCAAAUUAACUCAAAACAUUCUGGUCACACACUGAUUGCUAGGGCAACCAACACUCUGUGUUGCUACGACAACCAGUCUCCUCCAUCGCUAUGGGAACCAUCACCACGGGAACACUCAUUCUCUCAGCUCCCAUAAUCCAUUUCCCCGCCACAAUGAGUAUUUGACACGGUUCACACGUACAGAGCUGAGCCAUGCGGGGGUGGGUAUGUGUCUGUGCUCACACACAUGCCGGCAGUGCAUACAAACACGAGACACACUCAUACCUACAACAUCAGCUACACAAUAAUAAAACACACUGAUGUACUGUACGCUAACAAAGCCAAGGAGGGCCUUACAGAUUAUCAUAUUAAUCUCAGACGAAACCUCAGACACAUUUCACCCAGAACCUUCCCCUCCCCAGUCUGCUGUCUGAUUGGUCAGACGUUGUGGCAGGGUUUCUUUUCCUUGAUGUGGCAGCAUUCAAAGGCCUCAAUUAAUCAGCAGCACUGUAGAGAUUUGGGUGCGUGUGUGUGUGUGCUUCUGUGGAUUUUGAGCACUUGGAUUGAGGCCAGAAAUGAUGAAUCGGCUGGUCUUUGCUAGUG